AUGUACCAUGGCCACAUCACGAGACGUGGCAGCCGCAAACAAGGCGGUUUCACCCCCUCGACCUCUGUAGUUGACAUCGGCGCCAUGGUCAAGGAGCGCUUAUACCACGGAUAUGGAGCCCUUAUUUGCUGCAACAGUGAGGAAGCUCACGUCCCAUUUAUCGUCUACUAUCUUGGCGCCGUGUUCAAGAAGGACACGUACAGUCCUGUGUGA